GACUCUGCCUCGACUAGCGGAGCGAGCGCAAAUCUGCGGCUCUAAAACGUCUAUAAUUUAACAUUUUUUAACCAUUUAAGUGUCGAAGGCAACGCGAAACGUGACGGAGGAGGACGUUUGAAGUCUUGUUCUCAAGAAAAGCCUUAGUUUUGACGCCCGCGCGAAGAUGGCGUCGCCGGGAAUUGCGUCGUCCACCCCGGCGCGCGACCGUGACGGCGCCUCCCGCACUCCCUCGCCGGCCUCCCGGCGCUCGCGAACCCGCGACGCCAGCCGCAGGGGCGGCCGCGGGACCCGAGGAGGUCACGGCGAUAACGACGACAACGACGCCGCCUCCUCGUACCGCACGGACAAGUACGACGAGGACGACGACGACUGGUCCUCGGAGGUUUCCCGCCGGCGCUCGCCAUCGCAGUCGCCGACGCUCACGCCGUCGCCGAGCCCUCUGCCCAGGCGGAAGGCGACGAGGCCGGCGCCGGCGGCCAAGCGGGGCCCGGUCGUGGGCAAGUACGGCUCUCCCGGCCGCAAACCGGCGGGCCCCCGAGCCGGGAACGGCACGAAGGUUGGCGGCGGUGGCGGCGGCGUUGUCGGUGGCAGCCGUGGCAGUCGCAGCAACAAGAGCAGCCGCACGUCGCUGUACACGGGCGGCGGCGGGGCCCCCGACCAGGUGUCGCGGCGCGUCCACUCGGCGCGGGUGCACGCGGCCGUCAGUCUGCGCAACGAGGUGUCUGAGUUGCAGGCCAAGCUCGACGAGGCCACGCGCGAGAACCGAGCCCUCAAGCAGCUGCAGCACCGCCAGGAGAAGGCCCUGGCGCGGUUCGAGUCCCAGGAGGGCGACCUGCCCCAGCUGCUGGCCCGGCACGCGGGAGAGACACGGGCGUUGCGCGAGGGCCUGCGCAGGGCCCGCGAGGCGGAGCGCGACGCGGCGCGGAGGCUGCGCGCGGCGCAGGAUGAGCUGGCCACGACGCGGGAGAGCCUCCAGCGGCUCCAGCGGCUCUCGGAGCAGCGCGGGCUGGGCGAGCGUGAGGAGCUGUCGCGCUCGCUGGCACGCGCCGAGACCAGGCUGGAUGAGAGCGAGCGACGAGUCAAGGACCUGGAGAAAAACCUCGAACUGACCACAAACAGCUACCAGAGGCAGCUGGCGGCAGAACGGCGCAAAACUCAGGAGGCACAGGCGCAGGUGACUGCCCUGCAGGAGGAGAUCGAGAGGCUUACCCAAAAACUCAAGGAUAAGGAGCGCGAGCUGGACGUGAAGAACAUCUACGCCAGCCGCUUGCUGAAAGCGUCGCCGAGGAAGGACACGGAGGUCACGCCACGAGGCACUCGGCCCCCUAAAAAGGCGGGCAAGCCGGCAACGGUGGCAGUCCAGACGGACGACUACUUCGACACGAUCAACUUCCCUCCGCCGCCGCCGCCACCGCAGCUCUCGCCGCCACCUCAUCCCAAGCAGCAGAUCCCCGCAGCCAAGGAUUCGGAUGUCGGUGCCGCGAGGUGGGACCGCGAGAGGGACGACCGAACCCGCAGGGAGAAGGAGGAGCGCGAUCUGGAGAACAAAGCUCGCAAGUUGCGAGAAGAACGUGAGCGUGAGGAGUCGGAGCGAAGGCUUCGCGAGCGGCAGGCGGAGGAGGCGGCCGGUGCGGCGGAGUGGGCACGGCUGGGCGAGGAGCGCCGCCGUAAGGACGCCCUCCUCGCCAAGAUGCGGGAAAUCGACGAGCGGAUGUCGGCACCGGCGGCGGCCUCUCCCCGUCGCUCGCCGUCCCCGACUCUGGACGACAUCGCCCGCAAACCCGCGCGCUCGCUGCUGCUGCGUGACGACGACACCACCGACACCGCCACCGACACCACCAAUGACACCGACGCCAGCAACUCCAACGGCCAGGGAAGCCACAGGGGCUACAAGUUCUCGGAGCCGGUGCGGAACCUGCACAACGGCGUCCCGGCGCGCGCGGAGCGAGACGGCGGCGAGUCGCGCCGGCGCCAACGGCGCGGCGAGGGCCCCACGUCGGCGGCGGACGAGCUGGCGUUCGGCAGCUACGCGCCGUCGUUCGGGCGCCACUCGGGCCGGGAGACUCUGCCCCUCGAGCAGCGCCGGGAGAACUCCCCCAUGAAAGGGCGGCCGACGCCGCCCGGCUCCCGAGACAAACUGGGGCUCAUCGAGCAGCUGUUCGGCACGGGCGAGGUCGCGGCGGCGGCGGCGGCGGACGGGGAGGCGAAGACGGUGGCCGCGCCGGCGGCCGGGAAGAAGGCGUUCCCGUGGGACGACGACGACGAGGAGGAGGAGGAGGCGGCGGGCGAUGAUGCGCGGCGAAAGGCGGGAGACCGAGGAGGGGGGGCGGCUACGACGGCGGCGGCGUUCCGGACGCACAACGGGCGGCUAGCGACGACCGUGACGAGCACGCGGCCCGCCGUGAGGGCCGUCGACUCGCCGGACGAUGAUGUCGAAGAGCUGGCGCUCUGAAGGAGGACGACGUGCCGUGCCGUGCCGUGGCGUCGACGGAAGGGCGGUUGCCGCGUCCUGUCUCGGGCGCCCCGGCCACGAAUCAAAUCGAUUCCAUCGCGGCAGACCUGUUGCUCUUACGGAAGGCCACAGCGCGUUGGCUAAACGGGGGAAGAGACGACGGAGACAACCGUACGAAGUUAAAAUCAAAAAGCUCCCGUUAUGAAUACUUAAUACAAAUCAUCUCAACGCUUGCACGUCAUCACUGCAACGAGAUUAUACGCCGCGUGUCCCCCCCCCCGUGAUCGUUUGGCUGGCCAGGUCGCGGUGGGUUUGCUGUCUUCACGCGGGGCACCGUGGGGGAGCCGUGGGGCCCGAGUGAAUGACCCACCCACCCGGUGGUAUUUUAAAACGGCACUUGCAGCGCCAAACUUUGUUACGGUGCAUGGCGCGUGUCGACCGAUUCCAAACACCUCCCAUCGGUGGGGCAAGCGGCCAAUCACGUGGGGCCAAGCUCGGUGACCAGCCAAUCAAACGCUGCUCGUCAGACAGCCCGUUGCUUUGAAGGCAUCGCUCAACAUUAUCUACAUUUGCAAAAGCAAACUCUUUUACACCCCCCCCUUCUCUUUCUCUCUGCUCAGAAAGCUUUUCAAAUACAGAUUUUUUUUGGAGAAAUUCUAUCAUUUUAUGUAGGUAGUUGCAUAUCGUGGUUGACAUGAGCCUUGGUACAAAUAACGACACAGACACCCCCCCCCUUCAUAGCCCGGAGCCUGGGCCCCACUGGUCUCCAGACUGCUGUGCGAUCGCCAGAGGUCGCAAACGGGGUUUGAUUCCUUACCCGUACCCGGCCGCACCAGGGUCGCAAACGGGUACCCGUACCCCGUACCCGGCCGGGUACAGGUAGCCAGGUAUCGGGUAGGGUACGGAUAUUGGGUACCCGAUUGCGACCUCUGGGAUGAAGCCAUGUUGCAGGCGCGGGUGGGUUGAUUCUAGGAACUUGAAUUGUGAGAAGAGUCAAGACGUUGGGAAAUGAGUGACAAACGGUUACUCACCAGUGACUCACGGCCUUCUCACUCAUUGGUUGGGGUGAGUCACGUGCGGCUACCUGUACCCAUACCCGGCCACACCAGGGUCACAUACGGGUACCCGUACCCGGUCGGGUACGGGUAGCCGGGUAUCGGGUAGGGUACGGGUAUCGGGUACCCGGUUGCGACCUCUGGCGAUCACAGCGCCUGCACAUUCUCGAUGGCUACUCCACCGAGGCACGUAACUGUUGACGAAUUCAAAUCAAUGAUUACGCUUGCGAUACACGUAUCGCAUUGCGCGUGUGUACCAAUAAUAGUAUUUAGCAAUUUGCGCAAAUCGUAUGCAAACGCUACGUUUUGGGCUCAUGUAGUGGCCGAGGUAGAACAAAACAAGAAAGUUAUUGAUUCUUGAAGCAAAUCGUCCUGCUUAAAUUAUGACAAUUCAUCGAAUAAUGACAAAUGGGAUGAUUCCAUUGCACGCUUGAUUUAACAAAAAUGGUUCUACACGAUAUAUGACGAAGAUUCACUCUUCCUCGGAGCGUGCGUCUUCUACGCACGUGCCAAUGUUGAUCUCAUCGAUCGUUCCCCCAAGAAAUAAACAACCAAUUGCAUCUGCUCUGUUAGUGGCGGUGCCUGGGACGUGAUUUUGAUGGUGGGUUCCAGCGAAAUCUCCGACCGAAUUACGCAGAACGUGCCCGAUCUCGUCCAGAUCUCGUAAGCUAAGCAGGCUUUGAGCCUGGUAUCGUACUUGGAUGGGCAAACCGCUGCGUAUAAACAGCUGCUACAGGCUUCUGCGGAGCUCCGUUAUCAGCAGAGGGCAGUGCAGCAAUAUCCAUUGUUGUUACUGUACCUUGCUCCAACGUCUAUGCUCCCCACCCUGAGCAAGAAGGCAGCGUGAUACAGUCUGGUCACAUGACACAUACGGCUUGCACCGGUCCUCAUCCAGUAGUGGAUUGGGAAAAAGGGAGCUCUGGACAGUGAAAUCCAUCCUGAUGAAGACAUUGUACGUCACGUGUUUAACAAUUGCUCGUAUUUAAAUUUAGAUUUAAAGCUUUCGUGACUGCAGGGAUUCAUAUUCUUGGUUCUUUCGGUAAAGUCAUCACGUAGAAGGUAAAUAAUAAAAUAACAAAAAUAUCAAACAAUAAAAU